AUGAUGAGAUCUAGAUAUUCCCCGAAAUCAAAAAGUUUGGCGUUCGCCCUAAUUUCGUUUUUCUCUCUCAAGUCUAGCGCCGCUUCCCUUUUUUCAGAUCUGGAGAUCGGUGGCCGGUGGCUUCCAAAGCACAGUCGCCGUCGCGGCGGACCGGUCGGCCGAUCUCUCGUGGUCCGGCUCAAUAGAGCGACGGAGCGGUUCUGCCGAUUCACCACAGAGCUCUGUUUGGCUGGUCGCUCCCUCCGGUGUUCUAGUUCACGAGUUUGGGUUUUAGCUUUCGAGGGUUUUGGUGCUUCUACUGCUCUCCGAUCCAUCUGCAGUUCUUUGGCCUUGAUUUCGGGACGCUAUUGUGAAAAGUUAUUGCUGUGGAGGUAUCUGCUAGGCUUUCUCUCCUUUUGGGAUUGGGUUCUUUGA